GCCAUGGCCAGCUCGGGGCGGCGGAGCCGGAGAAGCCCUUCUACGUGAACGUCGAGUUCCACCACGAGCGCGGCCUGGUGAAGGUCAACGACAAAGAGGUGUCGGACCGGAUCAGCUCCCUGGGCAGCCAGGCCAUGCAGAUGGAGCGCAAGAAGUCCCAGCAGGGCGCCGGGUCGGGCCUGGCGGACGCACCCAGGCCCCCUCACCGGGGGCGCUCCUCGGAGAGUGGCUGCGGCCUCGACGGCGACUAUGAGGACGCGGAGUUGAACCCCCGCUUCCUGAAGGACAACCUCAUCAACGCCAACGGCGGCAGCAGGCCACCCUGGCCGCCCCUGGAGUACCAGCCCUACCAGAGCAUCUACGUUGGGGGCAUGAUGGAAGGGGAGGGCAAGGGCCAGCUCCUGCGCAGCCAGAGCACCUCGGAGCAGGAGAAGCGCCUCACCUGGCCUCGCAGAUCCUACUCUCCUCGGAGCUUUGAGGACUGCGGAGGCGGCUACACCCCGGACUGCAGCUCUAACGAGAACCUCACCUCCAGCGAGGAGGACUUCUCCUCUGGCCAGUCCAGCCGCGUGUCCCCAAGCCCCACCACCUACCGCAUGUUCCGGGAAAAGAGCCGCUCGCCCUCGCAGAACUCGCAGCAGUCCUUCGACAGCAGCAGUCCCCCCACGCCCCAGUGUCACAAGCGGCACCGGCACUGCCAGGUUGUCGUGUCCGAGGCCACCAUUGUGGGCGUCCGUAAGACCGGACAGAUCUGGCCCACCGAUGGGGACAGCACUUUCCAUGGAGACGCAGAUGCUUCAUUCGGCACGCCACCUGGGUAUGGCUGCGCCGCAGAUCGGGCAGAGGAGCAGCGCCGGCACCAGGACGGGCUGCCCUACAUCGAUGACUCGCCCUCCUCAUCACCCCACCUUGGCAGCAAGGGCAGGGGCAGUCGGGACGCACUGACCUCAGGAGCCCUGGAGUCAGCCAAAGCGAGUGAACUGGACUUGGAAAAGGGCUUAGAGAUGAGGAAAUGGGUCCUGUCUGGAAUCCUGGCUAGCGAGGAGACUUACCUGAGCCACCUGGAGGCACUGCUGCUGCCCAUGAAGCCUUUGAAAGCUGCUGCUACCACCUCUCAGCCGGUGCUGACGAGUCAGCAGAUUGAGACCAUCUUCUUCAAAGUGCCUGAGCUCUACGAGAUCCACAAAGAAUUCUACGACGGGCUCCUCCCCCGCGUGCAGCAGUGGAGCCACCAGCAGCGGGUGGGCGACCUCUUCCAGAAGCUGAACCUGAGAGCCAGAAGCAACAAGGAUGCCAAGGAUCCAACGACCAAGAACUCUCUGGAAACUCUGCUCUACAAGCCUGUGGACCGGGUGACGAGGAGCACACUGGUCCUUCACGACUUGCUGAAGCACACUCCCUCCAGCCACCCUGACCACCCCUUGCUGCAGGACGCCCUCCGCAUCUCGCAGAACUUCCUGUCCAGCAUCAAUGAGGAGAUCACACCCCGCCGACAGUCUAUGACAGUGAAGAAGGGAGAGCACCGGCAGCUCCUAAAGGACAGCUUCAUGGUGGAGCUGGUAGAGGGCUCCCGCAAGCUGCGCCACGUCUUCCUCUUCACCGAUCUACUCCUCUGCACCAAGCUCAAGAAGCAUAGCGGAGGCAAAACCCAGCAGUACGACUGCAAAUGGUACAUUCCACUCACGGAUCUCAGCUUCCAAAUGGUGGACGAGUCAGAGGCGGCACCCAACAUCCCCCUGGUGCCAGAUGAGGAGCUGGAUGCCCUGAAGAUCAAGAUCUCCCAGAUAAAGAGUGACAUCCAAAGAGAGAAGAGGGCGAACAAGGGCAGCAAGGCCGCGGAGAGGCUGAAGAAGAAGCUGUCAGAGCAGGAGUCGCUGCUGCUGCUUAUGUCUCCCAGCAUGGCCUUCCGGGUGCACAGCCGCAAUGGCAAGAGUUACACAUUCCUCAUCUCCUCUGACUACGAGCGCGCUGAGUGGAGGGAGAACAUCCGGGAGCAGCAGAAGAAGUGUUUCAAAAGCUUCUCCCUGACAUCUGUGGAACUACAGAUGCUGACCAACUCAUGUGUCAAACUUCAGACCGUCCACAACAUUCCACUGACCAUCAACAAGGAAGAUGAUGAAUCUCCUGGGCUCUACGGGUUCCUGAAUGUCAUCGUCCACUCAGCCACUGGAUUUAAGCAAAGUUCGAAUCUGUACUGCACCCUGGAGGUGGAUUCCUUUGGGUAUUUUGUGAAUAAAGCAAAGACGCGCGUCUACAGGGACACAACUGAACCCAACUGGAAUGAGGAGUUUGAGAUUGAGCUUGAAGGCUCCCAGACCCUGAGGAUACUUUGCUAUGAAAAGUGUUACAACAAAAUAAAGAUCCCUAAGGAAGAUGGCGAGAGCACAGACAGGCUCAUGGGGAAGGGUCAGGUUCAGCUGGACCCCCAGGCCCUGCAGGACAGAGACUGGCAGCGCACCGUCAUCGCCAUGAAUGGGAUUGAAGUGAAGCUCUCGAUCAAGUUCACCAGCAGGGAGUUCAGCUUAAAGAGAAUGCCUUCCCGAAAGCAGACAGGGGUCUUCGGAGUCAAGAUUGCUGUGGUUACCAAGAGAGAGAGGUCCAAGGUACCCUACAUCGUGCGCCAGUGCGUGGAGGAGAUUGAGCGCCGCGGCAUGGAGGAGGUGGGCAUCUACCGCGUGUCCGGAGUAGCCACGGAUAUCCAGGCACUGAAGGCAGCCUUCGACGUCAACAACAAGGACGUGUCGGUGAUGAUGAGUGAGAUGGACGUGAACGCCAUUGCCGGCACGCUGAAGCUCUACUUCCGUGAGCUGCCUGAGCCCCUCUUCACCGACGAGUUCUACCCCAACUUCGCCGAGGGUAUCGCUCUUUCAGACCCUGUUGCAAAGGAGAGCUGCAUGCUCAACUUGCUGCUGUCUCUCCCAGAAGCCAACCUGCUGACCUUCCUCUUCCUUCUGGACCACCUGAAAAGGGUGGCAGAGAAGGAAGCGGUGAACAAGAUGUCCCUGCACAACCUUGCCACAGUCUUUGGCCCCACGCUGCUCCGGCCUUCAGAGAAGGAGAGCAAGCUCCCGGCCAACCCCAGCCAGCCCAUCACUAUGACCGACAGCUGGUCCCUGGAGGUCAUGUCCCAGGUCCAGGUGCUUCUGUACUUCCUGCAGUUGGAGGCCAUCCCUGCCCCGGACAGCAAGAGACAGAGCAUCUUGUUCUCCACUGAAGUCUAACAGCCCAACUUCAUCAGCAGAAGGCUGACAGAAUGGCCUGGAAACCUCUGGCAAAACAGGCCAUCUGCAGAGCGGGAACUGAACCUUCUUAAGGUGUAACUGGGCCACCCCCAAGGGUUGGGCCAUCUGCCAAGAGACAGCUCUCCACAGCAGAAGGCCAGGUAGCCUGUGCAGAUCCCGACGGUCUGUGAGCCCCAGGCUGACCUCAGACUGUGUUUUUUUUUCGCUGCCACCAGAGGGCACCCCAAGCCAGUGCAUCUCCACUGCAGGCCUGGCUCUGGGAAAUGGUGUUAAAGGAGUGGUUUUUAUGGACUUAUCAGAGUUUAAAAGAUUUCUACUGAGCCGGCUGGGUGGCUCAGCCUGUAAUCCCACCACUUUGGGAGGCCGAGGUGAGUGGAUUGC